AUGCCCAAGAUUGGAGAAGCUGACUUCGUGGUCGCUCAAAAUCAGCAUGGUCAACCAGUCUGUGGUUCCCAUCUUAAGGAGCUAUGCGAGAAGUGCAAGUUCUUCAGCGUAUUCCAUCCCGACAAUGUGGCAACUGUGCUCUACGAUUGGCCAUUCCAGAAGGCCUGUGACCAUCAAUACCGCUUCUUGCCUCAAUUCGACUAUUAG